GAUGGAGCGCGUGGGUGAAUGUUUUCAGGAUGUAGACUGAGCUCAUGGUAACCAUUAGAUGCUGGAAUGGACACCACUGACCUGAACAGGAUCGAGCUCACAGAGAGGUCAGGUUAUUGAACGCACUAGACUUUCUGGCAGCAGCGGCAUUCCACUGAUUAUUUUUAGAUGACCAUUUGAUUAGUUGUAAAUAUUUUAUAGGUGAGAAAAUCUGACCUCAGGGUUUUAGAGGAUGGUCAGGGGUCAAAUCAGGGUUCUAUUCUAAUUUAAAAACAUAAAAUGUCAGUAAAAGUACACAGUGCGUUGUCGGUAUCGCGCGCCUUUAGUGCGCAGGUGCGACACAGUGCGGAUUAGAGGGAUAACGUGCACGCGCAGAAGUGGGUGAAUUAGCUUGCGGGUGGCGAUAGCAGUCUCCGGUCUGUCCCGGAGCGCACGAGGAUGGAGGUCAGAACUGACCGGUUUAAAGAGGAAGCGGCCAAAGUCCUGGCGAAGAUCCACCGUGUGUUAGAGAAGCGUCAGGAGGAGAAUGAAGGGAUUGAGUUGUGUGAUGGAGGAGGAGGAGUGCAGGUGGAGGAGAAGGUGGAGCCCGUUAUAGACUGUACAUGUUUCGGUUUGCCUCGUCGCUACAUCAUGGCCAUCCUGUGCGGUUUAGGCUUCUGUAUCUCCUUCGGCAUACGGUGCAACCUGGGCGUGGCUGUAGUCAGCAUGGUGAAUGACCACACUACCUACAGGGGCAAUAAGGCCAUCAGCAUGAGAGCUCAGUUCCUGUGGGAUCCAGAGAUUGUAGGUUUGAUCCAUGGCUCAUUUUUUUGGGGUUACAUUGUCACUCAGAUUCCUGGUGGAUUCAUCUGCCAGAAAUUUGCAGCCAACAGAGUGUUUGGUUUUGCGAUUGUUGCCACGUCAGCAUUGAACAUGUUGAUUCCAUCAGCGGCUCGAAUUCACUAUGGGUGUGUGAUAGUAGUGAGAGUGUUACAGGGACUGGUGGAGGGUGUGUCUUACCCAGCAUGCCAUGGUAUCUGGGCUAAAUGGGCUCCGCCCCUUGAGAGAAGCAGAUUGGCUACAACAGCGUUCUGUGGCUCUUAUGCUGGAGCUGUGAUAGCGAUGCCUCUUGCAGGAGUGUUAGUGCAGUACUCCGGCUGGGCGUCUGUCUUUUAUGUUUACGGUAGUUUUGGGAUCACCUGGUACUUGUUCUGGAUUCUGGUGUCAUAUGAGAGUCCAGCUGCUCAUCCUACCAUCACACCAGAAGAGAGGAAGUACAUUGAGGAGGCCAUAGGAGAGUCUGCCACAUUUCAAAACCCGCUGACGAAGUUCAACACUCCCUGGAGGAAGUUCUUCACAUCCAUGCCUGUUUAUGCCAUCAUCGUGGCAAAUUUCUGCCGCAGCUGGACUUUCUACCUGCUGCUCAUCAGCCAGCCGGCUUAUUUCAAGGAAGUGUUUGGCUUUGAGAUAAGCAAGGUUGGUAUCCUCUCUGCUCUUCCUCACCUGGUCAUGACGAUUGUUGUCCCUAUUGGUGGUCAGAUGGCUGAUUAUUUGCGCUCUAACCACAUCAUGAGCACCACCAACGUACGCAAGCUCAUGAACUGCGGAGGAUUUGGACUGGAGGCUACGUUCCUGUUGGUUGUUGGUUUUUCUCACUCUAAAGGAGUGGCCAUCUCGUUCCUGGUCCUUGCUGUGGGCUUCAGUGGCUUCGCCAUUUCAGGGUUUAAUGUGAAUCAUUUGGACAUUGCUCCGCGUUAUGCCAGCAUCCUGAUGGGCAUCUCUAAUGGCGUGGGCACUUUAUCAGGCAUGGUGUGUCCUCUCAUAGUGGGAGCCAUGACUAAACACAAGACACGAGAGGAGUGGCAGUAUGUGUUCCUCAUUGCUUCCUUGGUUCAUUAUGGUGGUGUUAUCUUCUAUGGGAUUUUUGCCUCUGGAGAGAAGCAGGAUUGGGCGGAGCCAGAGAGAACGAGCGAGGAGAAGUGUGGGAUUCUGGGAGAAGAUGAGCUAGCCAAUGAGACAGAGGAACUGUACAGAACAGGAAGCGGGGCAUAUGGGGCCACCGCCCACACACAGGACCAAAACAGGGGAGCUCUUGCUGGGGGAGGGGUCAGUUGGACCUCUGAGUGGAACAAAACAAAGGAAUAUGUUCAGCCAGAUGGAAUGAACAGCUACCUGUAUGGAGGAGAGGAGGAGAGAGAGUUAAGAUAGAGAGAGAGAGAGAUGGAAGGGGGAAAGAGAGAGAGAGGGAGAGAAUAUAUAGAGAGAGAAAUAAAGAAAAUAUCUACAAUGGAAUUACAUUUUUGUCUGAGGAGAAAAGUUGGGUUAAUGCAACACAACUGAAGGAAAAUUAAAAUUGUGUGUAUGUGUGUGUUAUGAUUUUAGCUAGGGAUGAUAUUGUAAUAAUUACAAUGUAUAAUAAUUGGAUCAAUGUAACUUUUAUCUGUAAACAAUAUCACAAGUUAUUAUUUUUUAUUGUUAAGAAAAUUUUCAGAAUAACAAGUGUGUUUUCUCUCUUUUCUGUGUAAAGUAUAUUUA